GUGAUGUAAAAUAUUUAUUAAAACAAUGAAAUCCAGCAUAUCUUUUGUGUGAUAUGUCGAGAGAUAAUGAUAUUCGCCUCAUUUAUUUUGAUGGAAAAUGCGUAAUUGUGUAGUAAUUAUUAACCAAAAAUCCAUGGAAUUUGGUCAGUUUUUUAAGCUUUGAUGAAAGCUUCAUCAUUCUGACUGGAUUUUCAUAAUGCAUGGUCCCAUACCUGCAUGUCUGUGUUGGUGCUUUGAAGAGCAUGCAGUUUUCAGCAUUCUGCAUCAUGAGGUUAGUAUUUUGCUGGCCCAGGCAAUGAUAUGUGAGGAUUCUUUAUUUCACAAUCACAGACUUUUUUUUCUUUCCAAAAUGCAUUUUCAUUACCAGAAGACAAGAUUGCCUUUUUUUAUCAUAAUGUAACGAUAAAAGAUGGUUUCAUACAACUGGAAUAUUUCAUGUUAUAUCUUAUGGAGGGCUGACAUUCCUUUUUUAGAUGGAAGUUUAGUGUUAGAGUGUAUUCAAAUAUGUUGAAUAUUUUGCACCUUGAAUUAUUUAAUAAACAGGGAUUGUUUUAAGUUAAUGUAACCUGUUCAUUGCUGUUGGUGCUGUAGAAAGAGAAUAGCUUUCCUUCUUUUUGAACUCAAACUAAGAUAUAUAUAUACAACUUGAAGUUAUGUAAAAAUGCACAGUUUAAAUAUGAUUCUGAACUUGUCUUGUAUUGUUUGUUGCAUUUCAGUAACCAUGUGUAAUUAGUAGGUUUGUUUAAGCUUUAAAAACCUGAGCAAUCACAGACAAAAUUAAGCCGAUGUGUUACAUGUACAAAAAGUUUGAAAUGUUUUUAAAUGACCAAUAUAUUGGCCAAUCGGUGAGAGUUCCUAACCCUUUUACAAUCAUUCCACAUUUUGUGAUUUGGCUCAACAAAUCUUGAUUGGGAGCCCUAAAAAGUAUGCCUGAUUCAUUAGUAGAAAAGGCAAAAGAUUUCUACACAUGCUGCACCCAUUUUUGUUGCAUGACUAUACAUGUAUUAUGUUUGAUGCCAGGAAUUUAAAAAAAAAAAAGGGAUAUGUUUCAAAAUCCUAAAAUUGGCAACAUGUUGAGAGAUCCAAAAUCAGUGUUUUUCUAUCAAAAUCUGUAAUUUUUUAAAACUUUACAAUACAUUCUUGCCCAUGUACGUGUAUAUCGUUUUCAGAGACAUUACACUUUAUUUUAACGAUGUAGCAAGAAAAGAAAAUUAUUAUUGUUGCCAAUUUGAAGAACAAUGUGUGAUCAAUUUAAGUUAUUUAACCGUAAAAUCAAUCCUGUCCUGAAAGGGAUAAUUCAGUGUCUUUCAUGUAUGUCUGGAAUCAGUCUAUAAGCAUAUUCAGGUAUUAUUUAAUAAACCACCAUAUGGUGGGUAAUAAGUUGCUCACUAUGUAGCUCUUGUGCCCUCAUGAUGUUGGUUGCAUGUUCAUUCAAGUAAUAUACACCCAAUCAUAUUCACAUUUUAAUGCAUAUAUAAAUAUUCCUCUUAAAAAUUAUACCAGCUUAUAAUCCAUAAUCGUGUUUCAACCUUUUUUUCUCGCCUUGAGCACACUAGUCAUAUGGAGUUUACUCAUUAUAUAUACUCCAUCAUUUAAUUAAUUAGUAUUAUGAACUGUUGCUUCUCAAAUUUGUACUGUACAAAAAUUAUGAGAAUUAUAUUAGUCCAAAAGUAUUCUUACGAUGUUCUUGCAUAGUGACUAUCCCAUUAUGAUGUAGUGUCCUUAUGUGUUUCCAAAGAGCUUUUAGGAAUGUUUUCCCUGUCUUUUGCUUAAGCAUUAUAUUUAGUUUGUUAAAUUGACUUUUUGUCAUGAUUUUGUUGGAUCCUAUUUAUGGCAGUUAAAUUGCUUGGGCUGUUUGCCUGAAUUCUCAAUUGUACAAUUUUUAUGCUGCAUAUAUGUUAAAAUAAUAUUGUUUGAGAUAUGUUGUACUGAUUAUGCCAUUCUUUAGUUAAUGGAGUAAGCUUCUUCUAUGGUGUUUCCAAAUGGUGGCCUUUAGUAAGAUACAAGGGUAUAUUGCUCAUGACCAUAUUGCACGAGUCGUUAUGAUAUUGAUAAGUGAUUUUUUUUUUUUAUGUGGAAUAUUUAAAAGAUAUUGCACUACCAUCUGGUGAAUUUCAAUCCUUGAGAUAAUGUUUAAAAUUUGCAGUCAUGCAGGUAUAUAUUCAUACAAAGCAUAGGAUUUAUGGAGGUUUCGGAUUGGCUCCUAACCCGUGUGUGUGUUUAUGUAACAUAGUUUGUGUAAUGUCAUGUAGGAUUUUUGGUUGUUUCUCUUGAAUGCAUACCAAUCAAUUGUUUUCUAUUACAGAGGUUGGUCAUUGUGCCAGGGGUACAGGCUUGUUGUUGUUGGGUUUGUUGGUGCUAUCCAUCAAUUUCGAUGAUUUCCGCCAGACUUGGUGUGAGAGGGCGUCUUGCUCUCUCUUCUGCAGCUCUACUUACGUUUCUGUGAUCCUGAUACUUGCCCAGUGUGUGAGAUAAAAACUUAUUGACAUUUGUUGUCGGCGUAGUGCAAGAUUAUGGAGGGUUAAUCUCUGCCUGUUACUCAUUAUUUGUUAGUUAUUUAAUAUUAUAACUGGUUGGCAAUGAUAUAUUGAUGUAUUCAUUAUUUAUACCAGGGUAUCAUUGAGAUGUGUAUUCUUCUGGGUAGAGGAUUAUUUAUAACAAUAUUCUUAUGCGCACAAGCUCCCACUAUUUGUGGACUACUGGUAUGAACUAUUAUAAUUUUCAUUAUUUAUAUCUGACUUUUCAUUCUUCCUGAUAUAUAGGUAGUGCAUUUUUGUUGUUACAUAGUUGUGAGCAGGUAAAAAAAAAGUAGGUGGAAAAGGGAUAUAGAAAAGGAAGGAAUUAAAUGUGAUACCUUAUUUCAUGGGACAGAUUUCUAAUUUCCUCAAAAAUUACUUUUUACUCAUCGACUAUGUCAUGCUGGCUUUCGUAUCAUAGAACUCAUCUAUCUCAAAAUAAGCAUUUUUCUUUCCUUGCGAUUCAUCUUGAGCUUAUUAGCAUUCGAAGUCCUAUUUCGACAUAUGUUUCUUAUGUGAUACAUGUAUAGUAUGUACAUGUACUAUAUCUUGUUUUAUCCUUUAUUUUGUUCAUAAUGUGAUGUAGUUGGUUCUGAUUAUUUUAAACUUUUUCUUUUAAUAAAUGCAAACUUACCAAAUGACUCUUGAUCAACAAUGUGUAACUAAUUUCUGUCUGUGUAUAUCGUAGCAAUGAUAGAUCCUGUUUUUCUCUUGUGUAGCAUAAAUUAUAAUCAUAUUGUAAAAACUUCUGAGGAUUCCUUUUUACUAUGAGGUGUUUUUUUUAUGAAUACAAUGUUAUUAUGUGACAUCCUAGCUUCUACUUUCUAGCAUUACUCUAUAAUAUUUUACUAGUUUGUUUGAUAUCAUCAAACUGAUAUUUUGACACUGAAGGUAUAAAGUUUUUUCUUCUUUCUUUUUCUGCUUUCUUUGUUCUUCUUCUGGGGACGAAUGCUCCAGAUCUAACUGGUACCUAGCUCCAAAAAGACUUUGUUACAGUUACAAACAAACUUUAAAACAAACAGACUGAGACGAUGUUCUGUUGUAAACAACAUUUUGUUAAAAUGGACUAUGUUAGCUGCAUAUUUUAAUCAAAUGCUGAACAAGGUUAAUUGCCUGGUCUUUUAAAGUAAAAUACAUAAAACUGUCAUGUGAUACUCUAGUCACAACAGCAAGAGCGACUUGAGAGUUCAGACUGAAACAAUUUAGCACUAAUUUAACAUAGGUUGGAAUGGGGUUGGUUUCAGCCUGGACAAUCAACCGUGCAAACUCAGAGAUCAAGGUCCAUUCCCAUUUGAAGGCUGUGUUUUAUUCAUUUACUUUGUUGAUAUUGCACGUGACCUCAUAACGUAUAUUACAAUAUGUACCUAGAACGAAAUUAUUUUCCAACCCUCAGACUGGGAAGUCGUUCACUGUUCAAUGAGACACUGUUACAUUUAUUCAACUUGAGUUAGUUUAAAUUUUCCGAUGAGUAAUACAGUACGUGUUGCCCUGUGGUGUUGCCAGCGGUCGUUGUCGACACUCUUUGAGCGAUGUAUUGCAGCCGGGGGCGACAUCGAGAUCUUUCACGAAGUCUAUCUCGCCGCGUAUCGUUUCGGACCUCAACACCGACAAGAGAACGCCACGUUCGAAACAGACGACAACUACACCUACGAAAAUGUUCACAAAAUGCUCAGUCAAAAGUUCCCGCUAGGACGUGCUGCCUUCAUCAAGGACAUGGCGUUUGCGGUAGAAGGACGCUUCCCUGAGCUUUCUUCAGAGUUUUGCCACACUUUCUUGAUUCGUUCUCCGCAAAAAGUCAUAAGGUCCUACGUGAAACUCCUACAAGGCUGCAAUUUUGAUGAAAACUACGUGUCAGAAUUGAGACAGAAAUUACCCAACAGUUUCAAACAACAAUGUUUGCUUUACGAUUACUUCAUAGAACACGGGUAUCAGUCUAACAUGAUCGUGAUAGAUGCAGACGACUUUGCAGCCAUGCCUGAAAUCGUGCUUCGUCGAUAUUGCCAAGAAACGGGGCUGACGUUCGGGGGAUGCAUGCUGAGAUGUGAAAGUCUAGAUUCGAUACCCGAAGACUGGCAUUGCUCGGAAGUUCUAAAAAAAGCAACAAAGGCUAGCGGGAGCCACGAGAGAGCCCUUCGUAGUACGGGAAUCGAACCUUCCACAUCAACAGGAAAGGGACCGGAUUUGCCGAUAGUCUGGCAGAAAUGUGUCGAUGAGUGUGAACAGUUCUACAGAAUCAUGUUUGAAAGGAGAACUAUCUUUAAGGAGUAGUCAUAAUCUACCGUUCAUCCAGAUAUCUUUGUAACGAAAUAAAUUAAGUUUGAAUAAAGCCACUAAAAUCACACAUAGCUAUAAGUCAAAAGUCGAAAUAUCUUGUACUUUCUAGUAUUAAUUUGUUCUCCGGUACUUCGCGUCCUUCAGUAUUUACCUUACUCCAUUCGUAUUUAUAGAUAGCUCAUAUCCUGCAAAAUAAAUAUAGUGUCCUUGUA